AUGAGCUCAUCCUUCGCCACCACCACAUCCACCUCCACCUCCAAUAAAGCUGGUGUUGCUCCUACCUCUUCGACGAGCAUCAUCUCCUCCCCCCCUUCAACGAAACGAGGUCCCGCACUGACCAUCUCCGUUCAGGCUUUGCACAAACCUGUCAAACCCAAACCCAAAGCGAAGGAUAUCAUCAUGGCUUCUCGCGCUUUGCAACAACAACAACAACAGGAUUAUGAUAGGGCACAGGAUAUUGCGAGACAGAUCAUGGACGAUCACGAUCACGCUGGCAACGGUCGCGUGAAUGGGUACGGCACUGCGUAUGAACAGGAAGAGGAUCUGAUGCUCGAUGAACACGGCGGCGCGCAUCAUCACCAUCACUCGAGGUCACGGCAACAGCAGGCGCAGCAGCAGGGGCAGCAGGGGCAGAUCCAACUGCACUACGUCGACGAGGACGGCCAAGAUCACCACGGCGACGACGACGGCCCAGACCACGACGAAGAAGACCUCGACGAAGACUCGGGUUCGUUCUCCGAUUCGCUCUCGUCUUCGCCUUCGAUCCCCGACGAGGAUAUCGACUUUACGCUCGUCUACGCUCUCCACACCUUCCUCGCGACCGUGGAUGGACAAGCCUCGGUCGUCAAGGGGGACAAGUUGUUGUUGUUGGACGACUCGAAUUCGUAUUGGUGGUUGGUCAGGGUACUCAAAACUCAGGCGGUCGGCUAUAUCCCAGCGGAGAAUAUCGAAACGCCUUGGGAAAGGUUAGCGAGGUUGAACAAGCAUCUCAACGUCGAUGUGAGUCAAAGAUCGCUGCCGAUCGAUUGCUCUCAAAAAAGAGAUCAAGAGAGAGAGAGCUCAUUCAGCCCCCCGAAAAGGGUACCUCUUAGCUCACCACGGCGACUCAACAAGACGUACUGAGUGGACCUCGAUCGACGAUGGCCCAAACGCGCUUCCAAACCCGUAUCCCCCCCUCGCAACAACCCCACCCCCACAUGUCCCAACACCCUUCCGCCAAAGGCGUCAUCGCCUCCCCUUCUCACAAGGAUCAUCCCUGCAACAUCUCCCCUCCUUCUUCGACUUCCGAUGCGGGUAGAAUGCGGAUCGAACGGAGUCAUUCUUCCAAAGCCAAGACCGUCGGGUUCACGGCGCCGACGUAUUAUGAACAUUCGGCGAAUGGGGAUAGCGACACCUAUGAUGAAGAAGAUGGGGAAGAAACGGGCAGUGGGGAACAGGAUUAUGAAGAAGAGGAUGACGAAAUGAGUCAGGACGGCGAACACGGUCAACAACCACAUCAUCAUCAUCAUCGAAGACGACGACGGAAUCGGGAUGACGACGAGGGUGAACUCAUGGGUGAUCAAGUCUUUGAGGACCAUGACGAGGACGAAGACGAGGAGGAAGAAACGUCCGAAUUCUCUGAUGAUCAUCAUGAGCAAAGUCAGCUGCAAUCCGUGCAGGCUCCGAUCGUCGCUACGAAUGGAGGAGGUGUAGCGAGGGAAGCGCACAACGUUCAUCAGACCGUUCAUCAUCAGGAAUCGCAUGGGCAUGUUGGAGAGGUCGGCACGAUCGAGGAUGCUCCCCUUUCAGAGGACAAGACUCUGACGGUGAAGAAGAGGUACAGCGCUUCGGAUCUGGGCAACAUCGAACCGGGCAUGAAUUUGUACCAACUUCGUUCGCCGGAUGGUUCGCUCAAUCAGGAUGCACUCGCGUCAAAGGACGGGGGUAACCUUUCGCCUCUUGUCGCUCCGACAACGACGUGGGAUUCGACGCGCGAGUCAUCGCCUCACCCAUCCCUCGCUCCACUCGAAGAUACGACGAACGAAACAGAUCCUUUCGUCACUUCCCGAAGACCGUCCGCCGCGACCUCGACCUCCUCAGGUAACGAAUCCGGUUCCAUCAAAGGUCGGGCCGUGAACCUCGACGUUUUCGAACCCGAUGCGCCGACGAAAAAAGUUUCCGCUACUCCACCUAUCGUCAGGGAUCCGAACUUUGAUAUCAACGAUCCGUUCGGGGACUUGCAAAAACCGAGGGGGAUCUCGAAUACGUUCGUUUCACAACCACGUACGACGUCUUCGACCUCCCGAUCUCAAAGUACCCCGGUGGUCGAAGUGGAGGGAUCCAAGAAUGGUACUACUGGUGUCUCGUCACCGAACGGAGGGGUACAAAUCUCGCCCGUUCGAGUUCGCGGCGUCGAAGUCGUCAACGUCAAUGACCCACGCUACGAUCGACUCAUCGGACCCGCCAAACGCCUCCAUCAAGAGAACGCGCUUCGCUCGAAUUCGGUCGACACUUCCCCUCGUCCUCAAUCACCCAAUGAAGGGUUCGUAGCGAAGGGUAGUUUAGGUCAAGGGGACGUUUCGUUGAACUCGAUGGAUACGAUCAGUUCGUAUGCUACUUCGGGUGCGGGCCAUUUGGCCGAGGAGAAUGGUCGCUCAUACACGCCCAAUUCGAUCGUUUCGGAAACUGGGAGUGGGAAGGGCAAAGUCAAGAUCAGUGGGAGUGCGGGAAGUGCAGGGAGGGAUUCGGUUGAUGGUGGUGGUGGUGGGAAUGAGGAGGCGAAUGGAGGCAAGAAGAGAAAAUCGGGUGGGAUCCUGGGCUUGUUCAGGAAGAAGGAUAAGAAGAAGAAGAAUUCGUCCUUGGGGAGUCUUAAUGCUUCGGAUGAAGGACAUGGGAUCGUCAGCGGUGGUGGAGGCGCGAGGAGUUCGGAGGAAUCGAAUCGUAUCGCUUCGCCCGUUCAAACUGGAUCCGGAACGUCGUCGGGUUCGAGGACUAAGGAUCCGAGCCGUCGCGAAUCCCAAACGGUUGAUACGUUGUUCUCGACCGACGCCGCAUUGCGACAACAACAGGUCGAGGCCAAGCAGGCGAUGUAUCACCAGUACGGCGUGCAACGAGCGCCGGGGGACGUGUCAAAUACGAUGACGCCUCGUGCUGGACCCGGUUCGGUCGCACUUGCGCCUCAAGGGAGUCAACAGUCCAUUUCGGCGACGGCUGUUCGAAUGCGGCCGGGAAGUCUGUUGGGGUCGCCGAGUAUCCCUGGGUUGGACGUGCCGUUGUUGAGCGUGUUGCGCAUUUUCGCCGGCGAUCACGUCGAUUCCGAAGCGACGUUCAAGACCGUCCUGUUGAAUCGAGCGACGACAACGCACGACCUCGUCAAACAAGCGAUGCAGAGGUUCCGUCUUACCGGCGACGCCGAGAUCGACGAAUACUACCUCACCGUCCGAGAAUUGGGUGGUGAAGAACGCGUGAUCGGUGAACAAGUUCGACCUUUGACGGUGUUUGAAACCAUGUCCGAAGCCGCCGAACAGGGCUUCAUCGUCCCUUCCGUCAAGAGAUCGUCGAUUGGGUCGAUCACCUCCAUUCAGAGCAACUUGUCGUUGAAUCCGGCGAUUACGAGGUUGGGGAUGAAUGAUUGGAGCGACGAUUCGGCGGUCAAGUUUUACCUCAAUCGACGACGACCGAGGACGAGGGACGCGUCGCUACAUGGGACAUUGGCUAAACUUGAAGCAUCAUCGACGACGAGCCCGAUCGAUAAGGAUGGGUCCUCGACGACGGCUGUGCUCUCGCCUUCCUCGGAUCGUCCGGAAACCAAGGCGGGUUUGCUCUCCGUCGAUCUGACAGCUUCAGCCAGCCCGAGUUUCCGCUUCGCCGCACGCAUCACGAUCCACCCUCAAGACCUACCCGAAACCGUCGUCUUCGACCCCCAAAGCAACGCGAUCAUACCUCGCUCCGUCCUAUCCGAUCGUCGCAAUAUCGGUCUAGGUGUCGAGCCCAUCUCUCCCGACGAAAGGGAACGCAUCGUCUUCUUCCCUCGCAAUGCGAACGUCUCUGAGGUGAUCGAGGCGGGUUUGGAUCGGUUUGGAAUUGUCGAUGGGGUCGUGGAUGGGGGUGAUGAAGUUGAAGAUCGGGUGUCCAAGAGGAGGAGCGUGUCGCGCGUCAAGUAUGCUUUGGCCGUGGAGAAGGAUGGGCACGGUCAGUACUUUUGGAUGGCCGUACGAUUCGGAGAGCCGUAAGGCAGGGUUUCCUAACAUCAUUGGUGCCGACUGCCUACAGAAACGUUGUUGCACUCGUCGAGCAAGCUCAUCGACGCCUACCCGAUCCCACCUUUGCUUAAAUCGUACGAUCGUACCUCGAGGGAGUUCCGUCGUCGAUCGGUCGACGCGACGCUCAUCCUCGGCAGCGAACAAGACUUGCAACCGACCGAUCCUGUAUUCGUCCUUCGACGCGCUGCCUACCGCGGCCCUGCCUCGCGCGGCGUCGGUCCGAUUCCCGUGACGAUCGACGAGCUCGAAGAACGACAACAGAAACGCGCUUUCGCCGAACAUCAAACCGCUUCCGAUCCUCGUGCCCCCUCCUCGAGUGGUCAUUCCCCAACCUCGGUUUCAACCUCGUCAACGACGCAACAAGCUCGCUCGUUACUUUCGGCAAGGCAGAACGACGAACAAGGUGUCGAUAUCGCGAUCCCUGAACGAGGCACGAUCCGCAGCAUUCGUGCGGACGGCGGUCGAGUGCGAUAUUCCUUCAUUGGUCCGAAUGGUCAAUCGACCGAUAUCAGCGAUCUCGUCGAUCGGGAAUUCGCACCCGCUGCGCCGGCGGCGACGACGCCAUCUGGCUCUCUGCAUCCGGGUUUGGGGGAUCGGUCGGUUUCUCAGGCUUCUAGAACGACGAACCAUACGACGACGGACUCGGAAUCAUUUCAUACGGCUAAGGAAUCGGACUCGAUCUACUCCACCGGCAACGCUUCCUCGAGUACACUCAACGCGGCCCAGGCUGCGGGAGCAGGUGAUGAAGAAAGUAACGCCUUGCGCGCAUUAAGGACUACGGACAUCCGCAUCGACACUUCCGUCGCUUCACCCGUUUCCUCUUCACCAGCGUUGAGAUCCCCGACGUUCAAUUCCCGAUCUCUUGGAGCGGCUUCGGCACUUCGACAAGCCGCGACGGCGGGCCAGAGUCCUCGCGUCGCUUCUCCUUUGGGAACGCAAGAGACCGAUGAUGUAUUACAAGGGGCGUUCGGUUCUCGACGAGCGAUGAGUCCAGCGUUCAACGAGUCGUUACAAGAACGUCUGGAUCGGGUACUCGCCAAGGUCAAGGAAGACAAGUUGAGAGGUCGAGUUUCACCGGCCUUGCGUCCGCCCUCGUGGGCGGCGGAGCAUCAACGAGGUGUGAGUGGCAGUUCGACACCGACCGUUCGGGCCGUUUCGCCAUCCGGGCCGAACGUGAGACUCUCGCCUGGUGGUCAAGGCGGCUCCCCUUCAAUCGAGCAAGUCGUCAGUCUCGGAGCCUCGACGAGCAAUCAAGCCCCUUUCACCUCCGCGACGCCAACUCCUACAACGCACGACGCACGGUCGACGAACGCACCGACGAAAGCUCAAACUGGUGCUUUGUACUACCACGACGAUUUCGGCCUCGACACGAUGUUCACCCUCGUCAACGAGGGGGCUCGAUCGAUUACGACGAGGAAGCCUAGGACCUCAUCGUUGAAACGACCUCAGGGGCAUGAGGCGUUGUUCGGACCUUCGUUGAGGGAUUUGGAUUUGAGUGAGGAGACGAUGGCGAUGUAUGCGCCGCAGACGAGACGAUUGGAUGAGUUGGAGAGUGUGAGUGGUGCAGUAUCGUGAGAUCUCCUCGACUUGAAGAGAACCCGAGACUGAUCUUAUCGCCCUUCAUUCGACUCUGCAGCGCCUCGACGCCCUCCUCCUGCGCCUGAGGAUCCCGAAUCCGGAAUCGAGGCUCGAAACCUCGUCAUCCCCGAGCAAUGCCCCAUCCCCUUCCUUGAAACAACACCCGUCCUGA